AACCUCAUUUCACUCUCUAUAUAAACGCAGCUCGCCAUCUCUAAGAACUAAGAAGACGAGUCCUGGUUGAAAAAUAGCAAAAAGCAAGCUUUUUUCAAACAAUUUUCUAGAAAAAGAAAUGGGUUCCCUCUCAUCAAAGAAACCCCACGCCGUGUGCGUUCCAUAUCCAGCACAAGGCCACAUGAACCCCAUGCUAAAAUUGGCCAAAAUCCUCCACACCCAGGGCUUCCACAUCACCUUCGUCCUAACCGAUUUCAACUACCGCCGGAUGGUUCGUUCGCAAGGCCCUGAGUCUGUUCAAGGACUUGCAGACUUCCGUUUCGCUUCCAUCCCCGACGGCCUCCCAUACUCCGACGAAGAUUCUACGCAAAACGUUCCGGACCUCUGCGUGUCUACGAUGACGACCUGUCACGGUCCCUUUUUGAGUCUUCUUGGUAAGCUCAAUGAAGAGACUUCCUCCGGUGAACCCCCCGUAUCUUGCAUCGUCUCGGAUGGGGUCAUGAGCUUCACACUUGACGCAGCCCGCGAGCUCGGCAUCCCCGAGAUCCUUUUCUGGACAACCAGCGCGUGCGGAUUCCACGCCUACCUCCACUUCCAAGAGCUUCUGGAUCGCGGCCUCGUUCCUCUCAGAGAUGAGGCCGACUUAAGCAACGGAUUCCUUGACGCUGAAGUUGAUUGGAUCGAUGGACUGCAAAAGGGCUUUCGUCUGAAGGACUUGCCCUCCUUCUGGCGUGUGACGGAUCGAGAAGAAAAGAUGUUCAACUAUGUUCUGCACGAGACAAGCAGAGCAUCCUUGGGCUCCGCAGUCUUGCUUAACACCAUUGAAGACCUUGAAGUACCGGUCCUUGCCGCAAUGCGAAAAAUCCUCCCUGCCGUCUACACGAUCGGCCCGUUAUCAGCCCUUUGUCGGAGCACGAUACCAAGCGACAGCCCACUCACAACCAUUAGAUUAAGCCUAUGGAAGGAGGACAACAAAUGCCUGGAUUGGCUUGCCAGCAAGGAACCUCAGUCGGUCGUGUAUGUCAACUUUGGAAGCAUAACUGUAAUGACAAACGAACAACUGAUAGAGUUCGCAUGGGGCCUCGCCAAUAGCGGCUAUCACUUUCUAUGGGUGAUCAGGCCCGAUCUAGUGAAGGGAGAUUCUGCCGUGCUACCUCCAGAGUUUCUGGAAGAGGUUAAAGACAGAGGGCUGAUGACAAGCUGGUGCGACCAGGAGGAGCUGCUAUGCCAUCCGGCGGUGGGCGUUUUCUUAACGCACUCGGGCUGGAAUUCAACGUUGGAGAGCUUAAGUGGCGGAGUGCCGAUGAUAUGUUGGCCGUUCUUUGCGGAGCAACAAACGAAUUGUUUUUAUUCAUGCAAUGAUUGGGGCGUGGGGAUGGAGAUUGACAAUAACGUGAAAAAGGUGGAGGUUGAGGGAUUGAUAAGGGAGAUGAUGGCCGGGGAAAAGGGUAAGGAGAUGAGAGCGAAAGCGGUGAAGUGGAAGGAGAGUGCAGCGGACGCAGUUAGUCAGCUGGGGAGCUCUUUUGUUAACUUGGAGAAAGUGAUCAAGGAGGUGGUUCUUUCAAGCAGUUCGUAGGGCACAAGAAAUUGGAUUUGUGGAGGUUUACUACUAGUUCUUGAUUACUGUACCUUUUUUUUUUGGCCUGGAUUGACAACUGUUAUUGUCAGGCAGCUAUAUCAGAUUUGUACUAAUACUUCAGAAUCAAAUUACUAUAUCAAAGCU